GUACAAAUAAAAAGAGAUUGGAUCAAUAGUAUGAACGCUAUGUAAUAAUUCCAUAUUAUAUUAAAAAUUGUAGACAGUAGGCCAGUGAAUGAAAAAAAAUAAAAUCUCUGCGCGCCAUGCAGGGCAGCCAGUGCCUCGCUAGAAGAAGAGAGUGUGUGCAUGUCUCGCUGUACUGGGUACCUGGGCUACCGGUACCAGCGGCAGCGACGGGCGAGACAUGCUAGGCCACUGGACGAAAACGCAUCCAAAACAAUGGAACGCAAAGCGAGAAACAAGGGCCGACACCAAAAAGUCGAACAAGAAAAGACAGACUGCAUGCGUACGAAGGCUGCAAGAGAGUCAACUGUGUGUGCCUGUAUGGUAUCUUUUCGGCCUUGCAUUGUGCCUCGCUGUUCUUCUUCUUCUUCUUCUUAUCAACAUCAUCACCAUCAUCCUAUCGAAACACUGUCACGAAAACCAUCCACGCGACACCCCGAACGAGAUUAACACAAAGAAAAAAAAUUUCCUUUAUCUUUCUUCCCCCCUCCCUUGGCACAAGUACCCAGCAAACCGCAACAGCCAGAUCCUCUGCAAAACGGAGCCCAACUCUAUCUCUCCCCACAAACAUAAACCCCGUUUCUCUGCACAGGCUUACGCCUAAAGGCCAAUUAGCCCCAAGCUCAUUUGGCCAACUUCCCCAUACUUUAGCUUCGCAAAGAUUACGCUUAUCCCAACCAAACAAAGUAGCCUGCAUUACCCAUAUCCACUCCAACCCUUGGUCACGCCCCCCCUUGCACAGCGAGCCUAUUGCCUUAGCUUUGCGCGGGCCUCGAACCAAGGACCCUCUUUCCCAAGGCUUUCGUUUUGUCCGUCUCGGGCGAAUCUUGGCUCGAAUUGAUUCAUAUUGUGGUCCAUUCCCACCACCCUUUGUCGUCGGUUGCCCAUCUUCUGCGUCCCCAUUGUUUGUCUGUCUCUCUCUCUCUCCAUUCAUACAUACAUCUCUCCUCCUCUUCUUCCCUCCCCUUCUCAUCUCUUCUCUUCUUGCUCUUGUUGUUUGUCUCGCGUCUAUACACACACACAUACACACACAUACACACACAUUCAACAACAUGGACAGCAAACGAGUCGACACCCCCAACAACGUCGUUGUCGACUAUGACGACAAAAAGGAUAUAACUCCCAAGGCUACAGACUACGCCCAAGACAGCGGCGUCAUGGCUGGUGAAAUCUCCGGCGAAGUCUCUGACGUCGAUUUGCGCGACGAUCUCGAGAAGCAAAAGACGGCCGAGGGCGAGGCUCACUUCCACCGUCUCGGAUGGAAGCGAUUGACCAUUGUCCUCAUUGUCGAGGCCAUUGCAUUGGGUAGCUUGUCGCUCCCCAAGGUCUUUGCUACCCUCGGCAUGGUUGCUGCCACCAUCCUCUGUGUUGGCCUUGGCCUCCUCGCCAUCUACACUAGUGACAUUGUCGGCCAGGUCAAGCUCAAGUUCCCCGAGGUUGCUCACUACGCUGAUGCCGGUGGCCUUGUCGCAGGCCGCUUUGGUUACGAAAUCGUCGGUGCCAUGUUUGUCCUGCAGCUCAUCUUCCUGGUCGGCUCUCACUGCUUGACUGGUACCAUUGCCUUUAACACCCUCACUAAUAACGGCACCUGUUCGGUUGUUUUCGGUGUUGUGUCCGCCAUCAUCCUCCUCAUCGUCGCCAUCCCCCCAUCCUUCUCCGAGGUGGCCAUUCUCGGUUACAUCGACUUUGCUUCCAUCAUUUGCGCUAUCGGUAUCACCAUCAUUGCUACUGGAAUCCAGUCCUCGCAAAAGGAGGGUGGCCUAUCUGCUGUCGACUGGUCUGCUUGGCCCAAGCCUGACCUUAGCUUCACCGACGCCUUCAUUGCCAUUAGCAACAUUGUUUUCGCCUACAGCUUCUCCAUGUGCCAGUUCUCCUUCAUGGACGAAAUGCACACCCCCGCCGACUACAAGAAGUCUAUCUGGGCUCUCGGUUUGAUCGAGAUCUUCAUCUAUACUGUCACUGGUGCCGUCGUUUACGCGUUCGUCGGCUCCAAGGUUAGCGCUCCUGCUCUCCUUUCCGCUGCCAGCCCUGUCAACAAGAUUGCCUUUGGUGUCGCGCUGCCUGUCAUCUUCAUCUCUGGUUCCAUCAACACCGUCGUUGUUGGCCGCUACAUCCACGGCCGCUACUACAAGGACUCGAUUACGCGCUUCAUCAACACCCCAAAGGGUUGGACCACCUGGUUGAUUCUCAUCACCGCUAUUACCGUCAUCGCUUUCGUCAUUGCCGAGGCUAUUCCCAUCUUUGAGGAUCUUCUCUCCAUUUCCUCAUCGCUCUUCAUUUCCGGUUUCAGCUUCUACUUCCCUUCCAUCAUGUGGUACACUCUGCUCCGUGAAGGCUCCGUUUUUGAGCGCAAAAAUUGGUUCCCUGCCAUCAUGAACCUUGUAACUUUCAUUGUUGGAAUUGUUGUUCUUGGUGCCGGCACAUAUGCCAGUAUCGAUGAUAUUAUUAUCCAAUUCCGCGGCAACGACGUCCGCCACGUAUUCAGCUGCGCCCCCUAAGAUACGAGUUUUGAAGAACAAUGCACGGCGUUUUGGAUAUAUGAUUUGAUUCCUUGUCUUUUUGAAAAUACAGCGUCCUAGUAUAAACGAUCUAGCUUGCGCGCGAAUAUACCAACUUGAUUUCUGUUAGACGCGAUGUUUCUUGUCUGUGAUGUAUGUACUACGUGAUCUAUGCAUGUUGCCACAACAUGGCAAACACCAAGACCAACCAACUACCAUUCUCUCAAUUCACCACCAGGACCUGUAAACCCAGGGGACACCCAUGCCUGAGCGUUGCGACUAGCCUCUCUGACACGUUCCUCGUCGAUUUCAAUGCCCAGUCCCGGCCCCGUCAUCAACUCCACAUAGCCGUCUUUGAUGUCCCAUAUUUCUGGAUUCUUGAUGUAGCUUAGCAGAUCAUAGCCACCGACAUUAUAAUGAAUCCCCAAACUCAUUUCCUGAAUGGUAAAGUUGGGCGUUGCAGCAUCCACCUGGAAACAAGCCGCCAGCGCAAUAGGUCCCAGCGGGCAGUGCGGAGCGAUCGGGACAUCGUAUGCCUCGGCCAUGGCCGCAACCCUUCUUAGCUCUGAUAUACCUCCUACAUGGCACGUAUCAGGCUGUAGGAUGUCGAUGCAAGACGCCUCCAGAAAAGGUUUCACAUCCCAUCUUGAAUGCAGACGCUCUCCCAAGGCAAUAGGGAUCGUGGUCAGCUGAGAAAGAGACUUUAUCGCCUCCAGAUGCUCCGAUAGGAGAGGCUCCUCGAUGAACAUGGGACGGUGAGGCGCCAGAGCAGCAGCGAGCUGCUUAGCCAUGGGCCGAUGAGCACGGCCGUGAAAAUCAACGCCGACAUCGAGCCCAAGGCCGCGAACUGUCUUUACUCUCUCUACGCAGCUGUCGAGGGCAUUGGGAGAGUCGAGCCACCCAAGGUCUUCGGUACCGUUCAUUUUAACGGCA